CGGCUAGCAAGGUGCCUGAGAGCUAUGACUGGGCCAAGGGUUAACAUAAUGUGUGUUGUCUCUUCGUGUGCAGAACGGAACGCGUUACUUCGUCGACCGGAAGCUUUGACGUCCUUUCUUAAGAGGACUGCCAUAAUGGUGUUCAAGCGUUACGUCGAGAUUGGCCGCGUCGCCUACAUCUCUUUCGGACCCCACGCAGGCAGCCUGGUGGCCAUCGUCGAUGUCAUCGACCAAAACAGAGCGCUGGUGGAUGGUCCCUGCACAGGGGUGAAGAGGCAGUCGAUGCCUUUCAAGUGCAUGCAGCUCACUGACUACGUCAUCAAAGUACCACACAGUGCUCGUCAGAAGUUUGUGAGACGCGCCUGGGAGAAGGCCCAAGUCACCGAGAAGUGGGCAGAAAGCAACUGGGCCAAAAAGAUCGAAGCCAGACAAAAGAGGGCCCAGAUGUCCGACUUUGACCGCUUCAAGGUGAUGAAGGCCAAAAGGAUGAGGAACAAGAUCAUCAAGCACGAGGUGAAAAAGCUGCAGAAAGAGGCAGCAAAGAAGGCAUGAUCUAAAAUAAAUCCUCUGGUUGAAUUGUU